CGAUAGAACUGCAGCCAAACCGCAGCCGAACAACAAAAAACAUUUGUUUCAAUUAUAAAAAUGGUUGCUUCUCGGUGUCAACAUCAACCAUCCUCCGUUUAAGCAGUUUAGAUAGUAUCAAAUUAGACGAACAGUGUACUCCCAGCCGUAGGGCCGGAUUGUGCAUUUAACCAAAACACAAUAUUGCAACAUUUUCACAGUUCAGGCGAUCUAAAUUUUUGUUUGUAACGCAAUCGUUGCAGGCCUUUAACGCAUUUGGUUAGCAUAGCGCGACCAGGCAGGACCAGGACAUGGCUGAAAAGGACAACAAGGAUAGCACACAGUGCGCCGUCUUUGACCAGACGCCUGGCUCCCAGCAGAAGAAAAUCAACGUCGUUGUACGUUCCCAUUUCACUGUGAAGCACGUCAUCACGCUGAUUGGCACACAGUUUGCGUAUGGAAAAUUUGAGCUGUUGCUACAGCCGCACGGCGAGAAGGAUCUGGUUUAUCUGAAUACUCUGGAUACGCAGCUGUUGUACGAUGUGCCUGGCUUUGAGCCGAAGCUGAAGAACAACCUGGUGCUGCUGCCAGAGGGCACCUGGGAUGGGAAUGUGGCCAAACGUUAUGAUUUGACCAUUAAGAAAUCUGCUUCAACAGUUAGCAAGCAGCCAGAGAUUACAGAGAACACAACAACGACAAACACGGCAACAACAACAGCAACAGCAACAGCAAUAGCAACAUCAACAUCAACAACGACAACGACGGUUAAAACCGGCGAGAAGAAGAAGCGCACGACAACAACAACCGGAGAGAAGAAGAAAAAGUCGCCAAGCAAAACCAAGACAAGCGUCAGUCCCACAUCUGAAUCAGCAGUUGAGUUAUCAACAGAAGCCACAGUUGCCGCUGCGACUGCGGCCACACCCGCAACGCCUAGCAAGAUCAGUACAAAAGUGAAGACCAAAAGCAACGAAAAGAAUGGCAUUGCUGAGAAGAGCACAGAUCAGGUGGACGAAGGUGUGAAGCUACAAAGUGCAACGGUCAACUCAGCUGCCGACAUAGCUAAGGAUGCGCCAACCAAAGUGGAAAUAGCCGACCCGCUGAAGGAGCAGUUGACACAAAACACUAUCAUCGAUGAUGUAGCUCCCGAGCUCUUUAAUAUAAGUCCCGUCUCGGAUGCUGAGCAACUGUCAGACGAUGAUUUAGCAUUGGGCGCCUCGGCCAGUCCCACGAUCAUGGGUCCAGGCUUCGAUUUCGGCAACACAAUAGAGGCCGAUCUGUUAGGCAGCACUGAUGCCGACACCGAUCCACUAGAGCCCGCCUUUGAACGAGAUGCGUCCUAUUAUAGCUCACUGGCAUCGCGCAAGUUUGGGGGCGACGAGGCGCCCGCCUGGCAGCGCAUCAAUACCACCGCCUCCGACUUUGUGGCCUCGGCCAAUACAGAAACAGAGACGCGUCGCAAAGGUAGCGGGCCUCGUGCAUAUGUUGGAUUGGUCAAUCAGGCAAUGACUUGCUACCUAAACAGCCUGCUCCAGGCGCUCUAUAUGACACCGGAGUUUCGCAAUGCCCUGUAUCGCUGGGAGUUUGACAAUGACAACGAGGCCAAGAAUAUACCCUACCAGCUGCAAAAGCUGUUCCUCAAUCUGCAGACAUCGUCGAAAUCAUCGGUGGAGACGACAGACUUGACGCGCAGCUUUGGCUGGGACUCGACGGAGGCCUGGCAGCAGCACGACAUCCAGGAGCUGUGUCGUGUCAUGUUCGAUGCACUGGAGCAUAAGUUUAAGAACACCAAGCAGGCAAAUCUCAUCUCUAAUCUGUACGAGGGCAAAAUGAACGAUUAUGUCAAGUGCUUGGAGUGCAAUACGGAAAAGACGCGCGAAGAUACCUUCCUUGAUAUACCACUGCCAGUGCGUCCGUUUGGCAGCAGUUCCGCCUACGGCAGCAUCGAGGAGGCGCUGCGCGCAUUUGUGCAGCCCGAAACUCUCGAUGGCAACAAUCAGUAUCUGUGCGAGAAGUGCAAAAAGAAAUGCGACGCCCACAAGGGACUGCACUUCAAGUCCUUCCCCUACAUACUGACGCUGCAUCUGAAGCGCUUCGAUUUUGACUAUCAGACAAUGCAUCGCAUCAAACUGAACGAUAGGGUUACGUUUCCGCAGAAGCUGAAUUUGAACAGCUUUGUGAAUCGCAAUGGACAGGGCGAACAGUAUCAGAUGAAUGGCGCCAGCAAUGUGGACGAUUGCAGCACUGCGGACAGCGGCUCCGCCAUGGACGAGGACAACUUGAGCAGCGGCGUAGUGACCACGGCCAGUUCCAGUCAGCACGAGAACGACAUAAAUGACGAGGACGAGGGCAUCGACAUGAGCAGCAGCACUGGCAAGAGCGCCAACACUGAGGCACGACUGAAACAGGAGCUGCUCUCGGGUCCAUAUCUCUACGAUCUGUUUGCCAUCAUGAUACACUCGGGCAGUGCUUCAGGCGGCCAUUACUAUGCAUAUAUCAAAGACUUUGACACUGACGAGUGGUUCUGUUUCAACGAUCAGAAUGUAUCCACGAUCACACAACAGGACAUUCAGCGCUCCUUUGGCGGCCCCAAUGGCAGCUAUUACUCCAGCGCUUAUACGUCCAGUACGAAUGCUUAUAUGCUAAUGUAUCGCCAGGUUGAUAGCAAGCGGAAUGAGCAUGCGGCCAAGUGCAAUGACUUUCCCGAACACAUCAAGUCACUUCUGCCUAAACUACAUGCCGAGGAGGAUACGCGCGCCUCUCGCCUUGGCAGACACAUCACGGUAACAGAUCUGGCUCUGCCAAAUCUGUACAAGCCUCGCGUCUACUUCUACAAUCCGACGCUGAAGAAGAUGAAGAUGACCCGUGUGUAUCUGUCGCAGAAUUUCGAUGUGAAUAAGGUUCUCUCGUCGGCCCACGACAUGCUCAAUGUGGAGCAGUUCGCUCCGAUCUCACGCUGUCGCUUGGUUGCAUACGACUCGUCCAUGGACACGAUCAUACAGUCACUUGAGAACUGCACCGAUCCGGCACUAACCGAACUGCGUUCCCACAACUACAAUUUGGACUUUUUGCUGGAGUAUAGGGCCGAGGAUCAGCAGUUUGAGAACUAUCCCAGCGAUGGCACUACGUGGUAUGUUUUUAAGGUAGAUCUCUCGAACAUGGCGAUGGACGGUCCCUUCCUGGUUUAUUCAGCAGCGCUGGAGUGCAACGACGUGCUGCGUCGCUCAAUUGCAAUUCGUUUGCACAUUGACGAGCAGAAGAUCGUGGUGGCCACCGUGCGCUGCAAGGCGUUCGUGGCGUACGAUCCCAACCCGACUCUGGAAGCACAACAACAGCUGGAGCAGCUGGCCAACUCACAAUUCAAGUACAUCACAUACUUUUACUUAAAUGUGCCUAACACCGAUGCCAGCAGCCUCGAGAUGCUGGGCGUGCCCAGCAGCGAGCCCAUUGCAACGCCCAUCGAGGCCUCCAAUAAUGGCAGCGCAGGCACCGAUGUAGUGGAUGCCUCCAUGAUGAAUGGCAUCAGCGGCACAAACGGCACGGCGACGCCCGAAGGUGCCAGCGCCGGCAACAACGACUGUGAUUGGCGUCGCUAUAAGCGCGAUCAGCCUGAUUCGCUGGCGCUGGCGACGCCCGGCCACGAGUCCAACUCGGAGGACAGCAGCCUGAGUGACGGUGAUCGCACACUGGUCGAGAAUAGCUUGCAGCAUCGCGGCGGCGGCGAUAGCCAAGUCAGUUCCACAAGCCAUUCACCACAGCUGUCCAGUCCCGAGGACGAGGCCGCCUCCCACGACACCAUGAUGCGCGUGCACGCCUAUUGCAAUGGCAACGGCAGCUAUGGCAGCGAUGCGGGCGACUCCAGCUCCAUCCCAGCUAGCACAACCAAUCACUUUUUCCAUGCCAUCAAGGUCGACUGCGUGGACACGGCCGCCAGCAGCAGCACCAGCGGCCAUCAGUCCGAUGACGAGGCGCAACUGCGUAAGCCGACGCACGCUUAUAAACUUCUCGUGAGCACGCAUAUGCGCAUGAGUGCCUUCGAGCGACACAUUGAGCAAUUGAUACACGUGCCCAGCAAAUACUUUAAGCUACAACGCAAGCAUGAUAACACCUUGUCCAAUGAUCAAACCAACUCGCUAGUCUUCCUCAAUGAGGGCGAGACGCUGACUGUUGAGAUCGGCAAGACACUGCAACCGUUCGAGUACAAGGCCAAGAUAUAUUUCUUGCGUCUGUCUGACCUGGACAACGAGACCGCCAAGCUGCCGUGCGUCUGUGAGUGGGUGUACAAUACCACAACCACUGUGGAGCAGGCCAAGCAGGAGCUGGUGGCCAAGCUGCAUCGCAUCGAUGCCAAAUAUACCUCCCUCACCAUGGACAAUUGCCGCAUCUGGCUGAAAGGCGGCCGCUGUCCCAUCAAAAUACUCGCGGACGAUGAAACACUGUACAGUGAUAUGCGCACUGGUUCCCUAGAGUUCAUUGUGCAAGAGUGUGAGGACGGUGUGGUGGCACAGCCAAAGGAGGAUGCGUUAACUAUAUUCGUGCGUCGCUGGUACCCAGAGAAAUGGGAGUUUGGCAAAUUUCAGGAAAUCACAAUCGACAAGGACAGCGAAAUUAGAAGUUGUUUAUCAAAAAUAUGCGACAUUGAUAUUGACCGAUUGAGUUAUACAAAGCUUAACAGCUAUUUUCCCUGCACAAGCAUAUCGGCAGUUAGCGUGAAUGAGGCCGUGAACUGGAUGUCUGUGGCCGUCGGCCUGGACAUGUAUCCGCUCAACACGACGCAAAGCGGCAACAUGUAUUUGUAUAAAGAUAAGAAUGCGCCGGUGCGAGAGUUGUCGGCAGAUGAGCGCCGUUCGUUAACCAAUAAGGAGAAGGCGCGCUUGGAUCGACUCGGUUGCAUUUCAACGCCCCGCUAUUCUCAUCGACGCGAACGAGCGCUGAAGAUUUAUUUAGAUUCACCGGAGAAGCCUAGCAAUGUGACCGCCUCAGCGCCGGUAGACGCACAUGCCGAAAACUAAUUGCCUCACUGGCACUAUCAUCAUCGUUGUCGUUUUACCCCGCUCCCUCGCUGACUGUAGUAGACUUGUUUGUUAUAUGAUCGGAUCAGCAAAUACAUGCAACAUGUAUUUCAGUUAAACACAAACGCAAUCGAUUGAAAUCUACGAGUCCAUCAACAGCGCCUCUCUCCACUUUGAUUGCAUAUUUUAUUUCGUAUAUCCCGCGACGCGCACUCUCCGUUCUCAUAGUUCUCGUAGGUCAUUCACUAUUCACUGCUCACAUCAUACGUUCAUUCGUAGCAAUUGUAAUAUGUAAUUUGUUUUGUUGUUCAAUUUUGUUGGCACAAUUUCGUUUCGCGUGUCGGUAUGGAGCGCUCGCUGGGGGCUGGCUGUUGGUGAAAUGGUGUCCUAGUAACGCUAACAACAAAUAUUCUUGCUACUUUUGUAAUACAAGAGUUCAGAGAUGAGACUGUGUACAAUUUUAUUUACAUGCAAGAAAUUAAAAAAACAAAAAUAUAA